AACUCCUAGCAUAAAGAGCAGAAUCAAUUGUCAAAGGAAACUUAGAUAAAAAAGAAUUAGCAUGAAGAACAGUUAGGCAAUGGCACUGUAUUUGGAAGUUGAGGGUCAAUGAGAUUGUAUUUUGUGGCGUCCAUGAGUUUGUCAAAUUUCCCAAACCCAUAACCAACAACAUGGAAACUAUAGCAUAGUUUACCUGAAUUGGGUGAUUAAUUAUAGUAAUAGGGAGUGGUGGCCAUAACCCUUUUGUCACAGCAUUCUUAGAAGAACAACUCCUUCAGACUCAAAGGUCCAUCAAUAAAGUGAAAGCAGAACAGAAGUCGAUGAAGAAAAACAUUGAACAAUUUCUGCAUAAUAUCAAAGAGGAAAGCAUCUUCUGGAAGCAGAGGCAACACCACAAGAUGAAAGCAAUGUUAGAUGACUUAAAGGGCAAGUUGGAAAGAGAAAGAAGAAGUAGAGAGAGGACGGAGUUACUUAAUAGCAAACUGAUACAUGAACUGGCUGAAGCAAACUCAUUGACCAAACAGUUUAUGACAAAGUAUGAGAAAGAAAAGAAAGAAAGAGAACUAAUGGAGGAAGUGUGCGAAGAACUGGCCAUGCAAAUAGGAGAAUACAAGGCUAGGCUUAAGGCAAUACUGAGCGAUUCGAAAAGGAUUUGCGAGGAAGUGGAAGAAGAGAGGAAGAUGAUGCAAAUGGCUGAACUGUGGCGUGAAGAACGCGUCCAAAUGAAGCUUGUUGAUGCAAAACUUGUUGUUGAAGAUAAAUAUAAGGAGUUGGUGCAGUUGGCUGGUUCUCUCCAAAUGUUCUAGAUAUCAAAGGGUGCUGAACUUGACACUGAGGAACUAGAGGAUGCUGAGUGGAUCAAACAACAAGUUGAAUCAGUAAAUAUUCAAGGUAUUCUGCAGACAAUAUAGCUCACGUGUCUAAAACUCAGAAAAUGCGGUUCCUGUUCUUGAAACUUGGUGAAUACCAGCGCAUCAGUUGCCGUGUGGGGGCUGGGCUUGUAUUCACAUAUUCA